AUGACCUCCUCCAUCAGCCCUUUCAACCGGCCGGUGAGGCUAGCGGCGCAUGCUUUCUACGACGACCUCCCUUCGGAGACCGCCCCCGCCGGCCAACCGCGUGUGCAGCAGGGCACGGCCAUCGUCGUCCUCGACGCCCUCGCCAGACGUAACAGACGGUGGGUCCGAGAGGAUGAUCUCGCCGCGUCCCUCAAGUUGCAACCCACGUUGCUCCGCGAGGUCCCCCGCCACCUUGAGAAAGACAAGAUAGUAGCGCGAGACGUCCGAAAGGAGCCAGCCGCUACCACCGGCAGCACCAAGGAGGGUGAAGAGGAGGACAAGGUGAAGCUGCACCUUGAAUCCUACGGCUGCCUGGAGUAUGCGCAGGCCUUCGACGCCAUCGGGUACCGGAUGCACCGCAUGCGGAAGAAGAUAAAGGACGAGCUCGCGGCCGACAGCAGGGCUACGGUCCAGCAGUACAUGUGCCCUGCCUGUGGGAGGAGGUACUUGGCGUUGGAUACCAUGAGACUCCUCGCCGGCGACUGCGAGUGCUUCCGCUAUGAGCACCGCGGCAGCGAACUGGUCGUGGAAACUGAUGCCAAGAUCACGUCUCAGGGACAACAGAUGAAUUCUGACUGUCCGCAUGUUGCUCUUCUGCCAUGUGCAUCGCCUAUACUGAUUGUAAAUGGAAGAACUGCAAAUGGCUAG